CUCGCCGAGCGAAGGGCGGCGGCAGCGGCGGCGGCGGCUCGUGCUCUGUCCUGGUGGCGGUCGCGCUCGGCUCCAGGUUCCCGGCCCGCGGCGGCGCGCCCCCCGUGCUCCCCGCACCCCGCGACCCCCGCACCCGCGCUCGGCCCGCGGCGGGCGGAGGAGCGGCCAUGCCGCCGCGGCGCAGCAUCGUGGAGGUGAAGGUGCUGGACGUGCAGAAGCGGCGGGUGCCCAACAAGCAUUAUGUCUACAUCAUCCGGGUCACGUGGUCCAGCGGCUCCACCGAGGCCAUUUACCGGCGCUACAGCAAGUUCUUUGACCUCCAGAUGCAGAUGUUGGACAAAUUUCCCAUGGAAGGAGGACAGAAGGACCCGAAGCAGCGGAUCAUUCCCUUUCUGCCAGGUAAGAUUCUCUUCAGACGAAGCCACAUCCGGGACGUGGCUGUCAAACGCCUGAUACCGAUUGAUGAAUACUGUAAGGCCCUCAUCCAGCUGCCCCCCUACAUCUCUCAGUGUGAUGAGGUGCUGCAGUUUUUUGAGACAAGACCUGAAGACUUGAAUCCCCCCAAAGAGGAGCACGCUGGGAAAAAGAAAUCUGGAGGUGACCAAACCUCAGUGGACCCCAUGGUCCUGGAGCAGUAUGUGGUGGUGGCCAACUACCAGAAGCAGGAGAGUUCAGAGAUCAGCCUCGGCGUGGGGCAGGUGGUGGACAUCAUCGAGAAGAAUGAGUCAGGUUGGUGGUUCGUCAGCACUGCUGAGGAGCAAGGCUGGGUCCCUGCAACGUGCCUCGAAGGCCAGGAUGGGGUGCAGGAUGAAUUUUCCCUGCAGCCUGAAGAAGAGGAGAAGUACACAGUCAUCUACCCGUACACAGCUCGGGACCAGGAUGAAAUGAACCUGGAGAGAGGGGCUGUGGUGGAGGUCAUCCAGAAAAACCUGGAAGGCUGGUGGAAGAUCAGGUACCAGGGCAAAGAAGGCUGGGCCCCUGCCUCCUACCUAAAGAAGAACAGUGGGGAGCCCUUGCCCCCAAAGCCAGGUCCCGGCUCACCCGCCCAUCUGGGUGCCCUCGACUCGGAUGGUGUUUCCCGGCAACCAAACGUGGUGGGCAGGGAGAAGGAGCUGCUCAGCAGCCAGAAGGAUGGGAGGUUUGAAGGCCGCCCGGUGCCCGACAGCGAUGCCAAGCAGAGAUCACCAAAGAUGAGGCAGAGACCCCCUCCUCGCCGGGACAUGACCAUUCCUCGAGGCCUCAACCUGCCGAAGCCACCCAUCCCGCCCCAAGUGGAGGAAGAGUAUUACACCAUCGCCGAGUUCCAAACCACCAUCCCAGAUGGCAUCAGCUUCCAGGCAGGCCUGAAGGUCGAGGUGAUCGAGAAAAACUUGAGUGGCUGGUGGUACAUUCAGAUUGAAGAUAAGGAAGGGUGGGCCCCGGCAACCUUCAUUGACAAGUACAAGAAGACCAGCAAUGCCUCGAGACCCAACUUUCUGGCUCCCCUGCCCCAUGAGGUGACCCAGCUCCGGCUGGGGGAUGCAGCAGCGCUAGAGAGCAGCAUGGGCAGCGAAGCCACGGGCCCCUCCCGGCCCCUGCCUGAGGCACCACAUGGGGCCAUGGACUCAGGGUUGCCGUGGUCUAAAGACUGGAAGGGCGGUAAGGAGGUCCUGAGGAAGGCGUCUUCAGACAUGUCUGCGUCAGCAGGCUAUGAGGAGAUCUCCGACCCUGACAUGGAGGAGAAGCCCAGCCUCCCUCCGCGGAAGGAAUCCAUCAUCAAGUCGGAAGAGGAGCUGCUGGAGCGUGAGCGGCAGAGGACGCAGCAGCUCCGGGCCCCCGCCCCCAAGCCUCCGGGCGUGAUUUUGCCGAUGGUUCCAGCCAAGCACGCCCCUCCAGCCCGGGACAGUAAGAGGCCAGAGCCCAAACCUGACAAAAGCAAACUGCUCCAGCUGAAAAAUGACAUGGGGCUGGAGUGUGGCCACAAGGUCUUGGCCAAGGAAGUGAAGAAGCCCAACCUGCGACCUGUCUCCAAAUCCAAAACUGACCUGCCGGAGGAGAAGCCAGAAGCCACUCCCCAGAAUCCCUUCUUGAAGUCCAGACCUCAGGUUAGGCCAAAACCAGCUCCAUCCCCCAAAACAGAGCCACCUCAGGGCGAAGACCAAGUCGACAUCUGCAACCUCAGGAGUAAGCUCAGGCCUGCCAAAUCCCAGGACAAGUCACUGUUGGAUGGGGAGAGCCCUCAGGCAGCAGGGGGUCAAGACGUGGCCUCCAGCCGAAGCUUCCUCCCAGGAGAGGGGCCUGGCCGCACCCAGGACAGGACGGGCAAACCGGAUGGGCUCAGUCCAAAAGAGAUGUCCUGCAGAGCCUUUCCGAGGCCAGCCAAGACCACAGAUCCUGUGUCUAAGAGCGCGCCUGUUCCUCUCCAAGAGGCUCCCCAGCAGAGACCUGUGGUCCCACCCCGGAGACCACCCCCUCCCAAGAAAACCUCUUCGUCAGCCGGGCCUCUCCUAGAGAUCAGAGGUCCACAGCGUGAAGCCCAAGAAAGCAGGGCCGCUCCCACCCCAGGCCAUGCUCUCCAAGUCCCUCCAAAAGCCAAACCUUUUCUCUCCAACUCUUUAGGGGGCGAGGAUGAUAUUCGAAGCAAAGGCAGCCUGGGGCCACGGGGGACCGGCAAGAUCGGAGAAAACUGGGAGAAAGCAGCUGUAGCCUCCGUCCCCAAUGCCGAUGGCCUGAAGGACUCUUUGUAUGUGGCCGUGGCCAGCUUUGAAGGAGACAAAGACACCAGCAGCUUCCAGGAAGGGACGGUGUUUGAAGUCCGGGAGAAGAACAGCAGUGGCUGGUGGUUCUGCCAGGUCCUGAGUGGAGCCCCUUCUUGGGAAGGGUGGAUUCCUUCCAACUAUCUUAGAAAGAAGCCGUAGCCAACUCCCUUUCUGCCUAGAGGGCCCGCUGGUCCUUGCUGGCUUUACCGCAUAUUUAAUACACCUCUUAAUUUAUCAUUCUCCACGCAGCUUCCAAGGCAGACAGACUCUGGGAUACCGUGGCUUCUUGCCUCCCUUGGGCAGAGAGUGAGUUUCAGAUGCCUCGGGUGCCCCUGGGUCUGAUCCCUCCCAUCACGGCAUCCCUGGAGGCUCAGCAGCCACAGCCCUUGCUUUCUGUCCAUGUCAGCAUCCCUGCCUUAAGAGAACUCCUCCUGGCCAAUGGCAUUGCCACCCAGCAGUGGGACCAGGAC